AUGCAUAUUCCUACUUUCCGGUCUCUCGUUUGCCUUUCUUUGCUCACUGUCCCUUACGCAUCGGCUAUUCCUCUUGAUGAGAACCUUUGGCCUAGGGCUGCUACCACAUGUAAUUCCAACGAUAUAAAGACCGUGAACAAGAGCAACAAGCAACCGAUGACAUACUGCAAAUCAUGGCUAUCCACCAAGCAAUCAAAGUCGACAGUAAAGGAUCUCUCGGUUGCCCAAGUAAGCAGUGCUUGCACAUGCAUUCUGGCAUCUGCUUCGUCAUCCCCUGCUGCUGCUGCGAAGAAGACGACCGCUAGCACCAAGAAGACAACGAGCGCUACGAAGAAGGCAACAAGCACCACAAAUAAGAUUUCGUCGACCAGCAAGGCGACAUCGUCCACGAAAAAGACCACCUCAUCCACGAAAAAGGCAAGGACCUCGAUCAAAACAGCCCUCAAACAGGUCUCCAUCACAACCAAGGCAUCAUCUUCGUCUACGGAGAAGGCGUCAUCAUCAUCUACGAACAGACCAUCUUCGUCUUCUACGCAAAAGACAUCCUCCACACAAAAGACCAGCACCUCCAGCAAGAAGACCACGACAACAGCUUCCACGUCGAAGCUGUCAACCUCGGCACAGAAGACUACCAUCAAAUCGACCAGUGUCACGAGCCAGAAGCCAGCUCUGACGUCUGCCUCGAUCAAGCAGAGCAGUAGCAGCAGCUCCACUGCAGCUGGCUCAAGUCUCUCGUCAUCCAAAAUCACCGCAAGCUCAUCUAUUCGCUCCAUCAUCUCAAGCUCGUCUUUCGCUUCUUCGUCGUCAUCCAGUACUUCAUCUUCCUUCGUUGCCCCAUCAGGAAGUGCUAUUCCAACAGAUCCAGUAACAAGUGUUGUUGCCAAUCAAAAAGCGCCUGCCUCAGUCUCGACGCGAGCAUCGUCAGGUGCUCAAUCAUCCUCCAAUGUCGCGGCUUCGAGCCAGACUUCUUCGGCAAUCACUAACUCAAAGGAUGCAUCGACUGGCAGCGACAUCGUCACAAAUGGAAAUUUCAACCAAGGCUCUACCGCUGGCUGGCACGGAGCACGGGCUUAUGGCACCAAAUUCAACGUAGCUUCGCUCGCUGGCGACUCGAACUACGAGGCACUUGUCAAGUACGCACUGGUUGUGAACGACAAUGCAAGUGGUCAGCUUUACCAGAAUGUGACCAUUCCUGCCAACUCGGCCUGGCAGCUCGGUGCCGACGUCUAUCUCAAUUACCCUAACGGUCUUCCUGCCGGCGUUUCUUGUGUCAUCAAAUACAGUCUGGGCAGCGAUGCAAUUAUCCUUAAGCAAUACGGCGUCGCAUCUUCUAGUGGUGCAGUUCUGUCCGACACCGCUUCUGGACAAUUAUCAACAGGUUUCACUGGCAGGUUCCAGAUCGACACCUACUGCAGCACCACCACUUCAGCUGCAAGCUUUGCUCUGGGCUUUGGCAACAUCCAGCUUCUCAUCUCGGACGCUGGAAGCGCAGCAACUUCGACUACUGCAGCUUCAAACGCUGCUCUCGCUACAGCUCCAGCAUCCUCGACGACGAGCUCGGCAGCAAGCGCCAGUGCAACAUCCACUAACAUGCUGACCAACGGCAACUUCGGUUCAGGUGACUACACAGGCUGGGCCCUGUUCCGCCUGGGCAAUCCCACUUUUGCAAUCCAAGGCAACCCUGGUACCUAUGUCAGUUAUAUCACAUUCCCCGCCGGCGGCGAUGCAAACUCCCAGGCUUCUCUUAUGCAACAGUCUGCAACUGCGAUCGCUGGCAAGACAUAUACUGUCUCCAUGGGUCUUCUUCUCAAUUAUCCAUCUGGUCUGCCCAACGAUGGUUCUUCUUGCAGCUUACAAGUGUACUUUGUCGAUUCCAAUGGUUUCGGCAUGUCGUUCGUCCAGACGACAUACAAAAACGGCGACGCGGCGUACCAGAGUAUUUCUGGCACUGGUUCGGUCAACAAUGGUUUCAACGGCGUUUUCGAUAUUUUGAUCAGGUGUUAUGGCAGUGCGUCGGCGAUUGUCGCAGGUGUCGAGGAUGUACAGCUUCUCGAGUCUUAG